ACCGGGUGUGCCAGCAGCCGGGGCUCUCCCUCUGGGUCCCCUUCCAGAACGCUGCCACUGCGGUCACCAACCUCUACAAAGAGAGUGUGGAUGCCCAUCAGCGAAGCUUUGAUUUAGGAAUUCAGAUUGGCUAUCAGCGUCGGAAUAAGGAUGUGUUAGCUUGGGUUAAAAAACGCAGAAGAACUAUUCGUAGAGAAGACUUGAUCAGCUUCCUAUGUGGAAAAGUUCCUCCUCCAAGAAAUUCUAAAGCUCCCCCAAGACUGACUGUAGUAUCCCCUAACCGAGCUACUUCAACAGAAACUAGCUCAUCUGUAGAGACUGAUUUGCAACCCUUCCGUGAAGCCAUAGCUCUGCACGGUCUUAGUGGUGCAAUGGCUAGUAUAAGUGUUCGCUCAAGUACUCCAGGCUCGCCUACUCAUGUGAGCAGCGGCUCCAAUGCUAGUCGAAGGAGAAAUGGACUUCAUGAUGUUGAUUUGAACACUUUCAUAUCAGAAGAAAUGGCACUCCACUUGGACAAUGGUGGAACUAGAAAGCGUACCUCAGCCCAGUGUGGCGAUGUCCUUACAGACUCACCAACUCAUAAACGCAACAGAAUGAUCUAAACUGCAAAAAUUUCAAACCCACCAUGCUGCUUGAAAGCCACUUGAUCCUCAGAGUACUAUUGAAAAGGAAACAUGAGGCCAUCUUUCCAUAUUCACUGUUUAAGACAAAUUCAAUAAUUGCCAUAAGGAAGUUUUAGAUAUUACAUUAGAUGCCUCUUGUAACUGCAGCUUUCUUAAACUAUAUUCUUAGCAGAGGACAUCAGAUAUUGUGUAGUAGUUAGCAAGAUCAUCAUAGGCAAACAUGUAUCUGUUCAAGGCUAAAAGUGACCUUACUUGUAUUCUUAAAGGGAAAGGAAAUUUCAGAUGUUUGUUUGGUUACAGAAUGCUUUUUUUUGUCCUUUAUUUCCUGCUGUGUUGAAUAUUAAACAGUAUUGCCAGUUUGACUGAAAUUGUCUACAACUGCGUCUUUGUCAAAACUGCAGGCUUCCGUUUUUGCAGCACUGUACCAUGCACCUAGUUUCUAUAUAGUAACAGUGUGCAAGUUAUAAAUAUUGGACUGUACCCUCUUAGUUUUAAAAGCAGUUGAUAAUUCUGGUGACUGUGAUAAUGUAAAGAGGUGCUAUGAUGGUCAUGCAAUUAAUACUUAAUAUUGACUCAAUACAAGGAUCUUUCUUGGAUUCACUUUGUGUGUUUUAGUGCUCUGAAGUAGCAAUAUUAAACUUCUCCCCGAUUAACUUCAUAGACUUUUAAACCAGUUUGAGAAAAUAUAUGUACUUAUUGGUAUUAUCCUCGUGGUAAUCUUACCCAGUGCAGACAGCACCAGUGCUGACCUAAAUUUAGAGAAAGAUGUCCUGUAAUUGGAAAAAUAGUCUUUUCUGUUCAGUAUUAGUGAAGGGUAGGUUUUGUGUACACCCAUACCCCAUUUUACAUUUCUUGUGGAGUAAUUGCCCAUUGCUGGGGAGGGGUGGGAGGAGAGGGAAUGAGGGGGAACAGUUGGAAAAGGAGUAUGUUCUAACAAGUAAGACUUCUGGUCACCUGUGGAAACUUGGACUAACUUAAACAAGAUUCUGUGUGAUGCCAUGUCCUUCAGGACAGAGUGACAUGCAGUUCUGUGAAGUGCUAAGAAAAUAAUUUAAAACUGGAAGUUGAUCAUAAAGCUCUGGAUGAUUUAAAAAGGAUAAAUGACUUUCUUUUUAUGUUGAGCUUGCAUUCAUAGGAUUGAACUCUGGCUGCCAUAACUUAAGCAUAAUUAAAACUGAACCAGAGAUCAAGACUGAUCUACUGCAAAUCUGUUUGAGUGGGGAAUGAUAUGUGAUGGUCUCAAAGAGUGUCUUGACUGUUUGUGCAUGUAGAUGCAGCAAAUCUUUGGUGGAGAGCUCUGACUUCUAGGGCCUCUAAAUCUCUGCCUAGGAAGGGGAUAAUACACCAGGAAUAAGAAAA